AUGCUGUGCUUGUCCUGUGGGUUGAAUGGAACUGUGCCUGUGGGCUUCUCCUCCAAUGAUUCUUUCUCCACAACAGCACAGACGAUUGAUUCAGUUGUGAAGGCGUCAUACGCGUCAUACUUGACAAAAGGUUACGAUUCAAGCACUAAGUGUCUACUGUACUUCAAGUCGUACAUGUGCACACAAUUCCUUUCUCCUUGUGUAGCUGGAACCUCAACCGUUUCUUCAGCAUGCCAAGAAGCUUGUAUAGGAUACUGGCAGUGUUUUAACCGAGCGGAUUUUGCUCAAAGAAAUUCUUCGGCUACGCCGACACCCUCCCCUAUUUCGACAUUUCCUAUCUCUGUCAGCGGAGCUGUGACCAUGCCUGUCCCUCCUUCCAGCUUCGACGAGACCAAGAAGUCGAAGUUCCGCACUGCCAUAGCAAAAGCUUGCUCCUUGUCUGUUGACAGGGUCACCAUCACCGCGAUCACAAGCAGUCGCCGACAGACCGCAAGCUCCACCGUUGAGUUUGCGGUGCAAACAGCUGACCUGAUUGGUGGGUCAACCAUUUUGGCCAGUUUAACAGCAAGCAGCGUAAGCAGCGCGUUGGUGGAGCAAGGACUUGAGGCCGGCACGCUGUUGGUGAGCUCACUUUCCUUGUCUACGCCAACAGGGACGGAGAAGAUUCGAUACCUGGAGUUUGAGUGUGAGGCGACAAUGACUUGUUCCCAAUAUCAGAAAAGGAGCUACUUGUACAGGAAGAGCGUGGCGACCCUCUCACAAGUUGAUGUGUCCAUGGUCACAGUCGUGCAAGCUCAGGACGCGUCUCCAGAUCUUUGCAAUCUCAAGACAAAGAUUCAGACGACAGAAAGUUUGGUCACGUCAACAAAGCAAACCAUUAGCAUCAUUUCUCUGAAUGGAGAGCUUUUGAGGAAUGGAAUACCGAAUUGCAAAACUGUGACGCAGGUCACAGAGGUGACUUCGGAUAUUUGUCUGGAUCGCCUGAAAGACGUCGGGUACAUUAGGAGUAUAUAUGAAAGGAAAGACAUCACAUCAAUCGCUUCAUUGAAUUUCAACAUCUUCAGCGGAGAAUUCAGCCUGUUGAAAUCUUUGCCGCCAUCUCAGAAGUCAAUUUCAGCAAUGAAGGAACACUUGGAAAGAUACUCGAAUCACCAACUCUGCCUGGACUUGAAGCAGUUUCAAGAGAUCUUUGAGUUUUGUCGCAACGUGGUCAGCAGCAAAACUUACGAGGCAACAACGCAAAAGUAUGCAUAUAAACUCCUUGCCGUCACAUUAGACGCCAGGAUUUCAAAACAAGGGAGAACAUCAGAAGAGUUUCAAAAUACGGUCAAGACUACUUGUCAGUUUGUCGUCGGUCAAUUGUUGGAUAAUCAGCUCUCAAAGAACGCUACUUUGCUUGCAGAAAGAAUUGAAGUGUGCAACCGCCUCUGCUUCAAACAUCCUGAAGCGCUGGACAACUGUGUGAUGGCAGGAAACAAGACUGCAUACGAGUAUUACAGAAAGGCUCUCUCCUCGCACAUCAAGAAUGAGAAGACAAUAUGUGGUCCUGGUGGAUGCAUCUCUGGGAUGAGAGGGUUGAUGUCGCAUUUCCGAUUCAAAGAGAUCGAGGCAAGCAGUCAAGAACUGAUGAAGGACUGCACAACAACCCUGUGGAAGUGGCUGGAUACAACAACUAAGAUUCGCAAGUAUGAUGUGGUGAAAGCCUCUUUGAGACUGCUUGAGGAGCAUCCGAAAAUUGUUGCUAAGUACUUGAUAGAAUGUGUGAGGAUUCCCACGAUUUGCAAUACUCUCUUGAAAUGGUGCAGACAUGUCGACAGAGAAGUUAGGUCAGCUGCUCUGAGCGCAUUCGACGCCUGGAGCAGUCAUCUAAGGAAGUAUCCUCUAUCACGACAAGAAGUGGAAGACUUGUACGUCACAUACAAGGACUUGAUGGAAGAGAGCGAUUUGAGGUGCGUGUCUCUCUCUUUCAGAGGAAGAGGGUCUAUUUCAUCGCAUGUAGCAAGUUAUCAAAUGAAUGUCUUGGAUGAUUUUAUACCAAGCUGCUGGAGAUACUGGAAUCUCGUUUUGAGUAAGCCGGAUGAUGAGGAGCAAAACAAUCUGAUGGUUGAGAUCCUACCUAAUUUUCUCAUAUCCGUCGCUGACGUCAUCUUGAACAUCCCGAAAGCGGUUGAAGAUCAAGAUUGCUCUUUCUUCAUUGGUGAAGCAGUCCGAUUUCUCUUCCAAUCUUAUCCAUCGAUCAUGAAGAUCAAGCAAUAUCUCCAUGAGCGUGCUUGGUUCUUUCUGUACUUCUCAGUGAAGACGUGCUCUACUCCAGACCUUAACUGUUCCUUUCUCGUUCCAACUGCUCUCUCUGCCAGCAUUGAAUCCACCCAGCCGGGAAACCGUUUACUUUCAGUAGAACAAGCAGAAGAGCAGAAUGAGAAUUCCUCUACUUCACUAAUUAACCUCUGGACCUGCAUACUGGACAACACUCAUGUGGAAUGGAUUGAGAACAAUGUACAAUCUAGACAGGGAGACAAGAACAAAUGCAAUAUUGGCCUUCAGGAGGUUCAAUUUGACAUCUUAAAUCGUCUUCUAAGCCAGACUGUCAUAAUUCUCAACUCCUUGGAUUUGUCCUUGACAAUUGAAAGACGGCCUGGCGAUGGUCCAGACUCACCCCAAUCGAGGUUUUUGUCUCCUGGAAACCACAAUGACCUUAGAAUCUACAGCAAACUGUGCAACCUCUGCGCUGGAGUACUGGAAAAGCUGGUUAGAUGCUCGAAUAUGGAGAAUCUGAAUCUGAGAGCUUUCAUGAGAUCUAUCCUGAUGAUUGCAGUUCGAAACCCAACACUAACCGGUCUCUUGAAAAUUCUGACACCAAGCAUUCAGAUCUCUAGCAGAUCCAAAGAGCUAAAAGAUUACUUACAAAGCUUGAAUGAACUUCAACAGCUCGCCCGCAAUGUGUCCGAUCUUUCCAUGCAACAUGAGAACGAGGAAGAUCUUUGCUGCAGCCUCGAGUUUGUGAUGGCUAUACCCAUGGACCUCAUCGAGUUUUCAAUCCAUGACCGCGUCGUCCGACUUUCGUUGUCUGUUGGGUUUGCUCGAGAGACACUUCUUGAUCGAACUUUGAAGUUCAUCGAGGAAUGGAUAGAAAGUGAGCAGCUUGAGCAUAUUUCUCAACUAGUGGAAGUCUGCAGACUCGUCGAGCUCUACUUGCAAAAGGACAGAAAUAUUCAGCAGGAGAGCAAAAUGAACAGUAGGUCGAGGCAAGAUACGCGGAGAAGAAGUCGUGUGGAAAAGAACGCUGAGGUACAUGUAGAGUUUGCAAGGCGAGCAAUUUGCAUACUUGGAAAGACAAGUCACCUGAUGUGGCAUACAUCAGUGGAUGCAGAUCUCAGGGGAAAUGUGAACAACCAUUCAGCUCUUCUCCGACUGACCUUGGAGAAAGGAGCACUGGGGGUCUUUUACCUGGACAAGAUCACAGCGCGUAUUCUCGAAAUAGCAUCUGAUUUUCCUGAUCAAAAGACGAGACUGAUAUUCGCAGAGAUUUUGCACACAAUAACGUGUCUCGUCAUUGGCAAAAUCAAAUCCAACGGUAAAAAAUCUGAAGAUAAGGCUGAACUGUCUGUUUUACAUACCUUCGGACAACUGUACGGAACUAUCUUGACAUUCAGUGCAGACAUUGUCAAGGAGAUCAGAAUGAUCUGUAGCACUCUCAACGAACAAAUCAUCAACUGGCUUACUUCUGAUUGCCAAACACUAGCAUGUUUCUCUGUCGAAGCGUUUGAUGCGAUCAUUGAAGACUCACGGUCGUCGGUAGCCUCAACGAAGUGGGCUGUAAUGAUGCUGGAGAAGCUUUUAGAGAAAGCGAGGAGCCAGCGAUCUAAGCGACAAAAACCUGAAGAUGCGGUAAUCACUCUUCUUAUGAAUAGAUUGUACGGCAUCCUGAGCCACCCAGAUGCUUCUCAACGGCUGGCCGGAUCUCUUAUCACCGUUGACCUUGCAAACUUUCUAAUGAAUGGAAAUUGUGAUUUCGGAUUUUUUGUGAAGCAGCAUACAAUUAAGCUCUGCACUUGCUGCAUGAUCGGUUUGAAUUUCACAGCCACAGAUUACUCAAUGCCAAAGGUAGAGCUCAACAUUAUGCGAGCCUUGGCCCAGACUGAAAAGCUUUUGAUCCAAUCAUACCGAGUACACCAAAACGAAGACGUUGAAGAAUUCGAGAAAUUUGUUGAGAGGUUCAUGAAACGGCAUUGCUGGAGCUCUUACCUUGCCCUGAAGAUUUCAUAUCACCAAAUAACAAGACAGCUCGAACUUGGCAUCUAG